UCCAGAGCCGCUGGUGCUGCUGGCGACAUGAUGGGAAAACCAGAUAGUCUUCAACUGAGUGAUUAACGUUACUGAGUUUUCCCUGCCGGACUUUUCGUACGACAAAAUGAUUCACUAUCGACAGCGAUUUGAGCUCCACCAGGCGACGGCAGAGAUUGGUGUGUAAGUUGUGAAGAGGAAAGUCUGACAGAAGAUUGUCCGUCACUCCCUGCGGCUCCAGUUGAAGCGGGAUCACCACCACAAAUUCACACAGUAACCAAUCUAUCAACGAUACAAAGGUACUUGGGAGUUUUACUGCUGCCACCCUUCUCCUACGUAGCAGAAGAUGUACGGUAGUGCCCGCUCGGUUGGCAGAGGGGAUGCCAACCAUAGUGGCGGCAGAGAUGGAAGUGGUCCCGGCAAUCAGGGAUCCGGCCGUUCCCCUCGCCUACCCCGUUCUCCUCGAAUGGGACACCGCCGCAGCAACAGCACCGGAGGCAGUGGAGGCGGUCCGGGAGGAGCGGGAGGCAAAACUCUCUCCAUGGAGAACAUCCAGUCCCUCAACGCGGCGUAUGCCACCUCAGGACCAAUGUACCUGAGCGACAACGAGGUGGCCAUGGCCGACUACGUUCCCAAAAGUGGUGGGACGAUGACGACCAUGGGGAGACAGCGGGUGACGUACGGCUCAAGGGCCACCAACAGUGCAGUUGUGGCCGCCAGCACGCCCAACAUCUCCACCUCAGUGCCUGGCAAUGCUGCGCUGUCAGCCGGCAUUCUGGCGGGCGAUGCGCUAGCUUUUGGGGACCACCACAUGUCCUCCACUGUGCCUCACUCUCUAAGGCAGGCCAGAGAUAACACCAUACUGGACCUGCAGACUCAACUCAAAGAGAUUCUGCGUGAGAAUGAGAUGCUGCGGCGAGAGGUGGAAGUUAAGCAGAGCAAGCUCAGCUCUUCCAUGAAUUCUAUCAAGACCUUCUGGAGCCCAGAAUUAAAAAAAGAGCGAGCUCUUAGGAAAGACGAGGUUUCCAAGAUCACCGUCUGGAAGGAGCAAUACCGUGUGAUUCAAGAUGAGGCACAGCAUCUCCAGAUGACUGUUCAGGCUCUUCAGGAUGAGAUGAGGAUCCAGAGGGACCUGAACCAGCUGCUCCAGCAAGACCCCGCCAUCCAUGGGCGGGACCUGGUCCUCACAUCUGAACCCACAGAGGAGAACUACCGGCGGCUACAUGCGGAGCACGAGAGGCAGGCCAAAGAGCUCUUCCUCCUUAGAAAGACCUUAGAGGAGAUGGAGUUACGGAUCGACACGCAGAAGCAAACCCUGGGAGCCAGAGACGAGUCCAUCAAGAAACUUUUGGAGAUGCUGCAGAGCAAAGGACAAUCUGCCAAGGCAUCAGAGGAGGACCAGGAGCGGACCAGGAGACUGGCUGAUGCAGAGAUGCACAGGCAUCACCUUGAGAGUUUACUGGACCAGAGAGACCGAGAGGUCAACACACUGAGAGAGUCAUCCGACUCAAUACGAUACGAGGGAACCUCCGAGUCCACAAAAACUAAGGCUCUGCAGACUGUCAUCGACAUGAAGGAUGCAAAAAUCAAUUCGAUGGAGCAAGGACUGAGAGACACGGAAGAGGAGCUGCUGCUGAUGAAAUCCAAUGGACUUCUGAGCUGCGAGGAGCGGCAGGAGGAGAUGAAGCAGAUGGAGGUCUACCGCAGCCACAUGAAAUUCAUGAAGAACAAGAUGGAGCAGGUGAAGCAGGACCUGUCCAGGAAGGACACCGAGCUGCUUGGUUUGCAGACCAAGCUGGAGACGCUCACCAACCAGUUCUCAGACAGUAAGCAGCACAUCGAGGUCCUCAAGGAGUCACUCACUGCCAAGGAGCAGCGAGCCGCCAUCCUACAGACUGAGGUGGAUGCCUUGCGCUUGCGCUUGGAGGAGAAGGAGUCGACUCUGAAUAAGAAGAGCAAGCAGAUUCAAGAAGUCUCAGAAGAGAAGGGCACACUCAAAGGGGAGAUCCACGACCUCAAAGACAUGCUGGAGGUCAAGGAGCGCAAAGUCAACGUGCUGCAGAAAAAGAUCGAGAACCUGCAGGAGCAGCUGAGGGACAAGGAGAAGCAGAUGAGCAGCCUGAAAGAGAGAGUGAAGUCUUUGCAGGCAGACACCUCAAACACUGACACUGCCCUCACCACACUAGAGGAGUCUCUUGCAGAAAAGGAGCGCAUUAUUGAGCGUCUAAAAGAGCAGCGAGACCGAGACGACCGGGAGAAGACGGAGGAGAUUGACAGUAACAAAAAGGAACUGAAAGAGUUGAAGGAGAAACUGAGCCUCCUGCAGGGGGACCUGUCAGACAGAGAGACGUCUUUGUUGGACCUGAAGGAGCAUGCAUCAUCCCUGGCAUCCUCCGGUCUGAAGAAGGACUCCAAACUCAAGAGCAUGGAGAUCGCCUUUGAACAGAAAAGGGAGGAGUGCCUCAAAGUGGAGAAUCAGCUUAAGAGGGCUCAAAACGCAGCCCUGGAAGCUCAGGCCAACACCGAGCUGCCAGAGCGCAUUAAGAACCUCCAACAGGAAGUUGCCCGCCAUAAAGAGGAUUCUGGGAAGGCGCAGGCUGAGGUGGACCGCCUGCUGGAGAUCCUUCGGGAAAUGGAGAAUGAGAAGAAUGACAAGGACAAAAAAAUCAAUGAGCUGGAGAGGCAGACCAAGGACCAGUCAAAGAAGGUGGCGUCUCUGAAGCACAAGGAGCAGAUAGAGAAGAAGCACAAGGAGCAGGUAGAAAAGAAUAGGAAUGCUCGACUCGUGGACGAGGCCAGGAAGAGGGAGGACAAUAUGUCAGAGAGCUCCCACCUGGUGAAGGACACUCUACGUCAGAAGUCUGAGCGCAUAGAGGAGCUGGAGGAGGCCCUGCGAGAGAGCGUUCAGAUCACUGCGGAGCGAGAGAUGGUGCUGGCACAGGAGGAGGCUGCCAGGUCACUCCAGGAGAAACAGAUGGAGGAGCUGCUGGGGGCCAUGGAGAAAGUGAAGCAGGAGCUGGAGUCCAUGCAGGCCAAGCUGUCCUCCACCCAGCAGUCUCUUUGUGAGAAAGAGGCACACCUGUCAACGCUGCGAGCGGAGCGCAGGAAACACCUGGAGGAGGUGCUGGAGAUGAAGCAGGAGGCGCUGCUGGCCGCAAUCAGCGAGAAGGACGCUAACAUUGCCCUGCUGGAGUUGUCCUCUUCUAAGAAGAAGAAGACCCAGGAUGAGGUGUCUCUGCUGAAAAGGGAGAAGGACAGAUUGGUGCAGCAGCUCAAGCAGCAGACUCAGAACAGAAUGAAACUGAUGGCAGAUAACUAUGAGGAUGACCAUCUGAAGACCGCUCCUGACCAGUCAAAUCACAAGCCCUCUCCUGAUCAGAUGAUACCCCCUCUUCUGGCCCUGUCCCAGAACCGCAGUAAACUCAAGCUCUACAUCGCCCACCUGACUGACCUCUGCCACGACCGUGACCCCGGCAUCCUCAGCAAGCUCACGCCGCCCUCUCACUACCACCACAGCGACCCCGAAGACUGGGAGGAGGAGCUCCAGAAGAUGAGUGUCCAACAGGUAGAGGAGGAACCGCGCUAUUCAUAUCUGCAUUGUCCUUUGUAGCUUCUGGAGGGUAGA